AUGGAGGAGCAUCAUCAUCAUCAUCAUCAUCAUCAUGAGGAAGUUGUGGAAGGAGGAAAGAGUGGAGGAGGGUAUGUGUGCAGGCAGAGCAGUAGCAGCAGUCGGUGGAGCCCGACGAGCGAGCAGAUUAGGAUCCUCAAGGAGCUUUACUACAACAACGGGGUGCGCUCCCCCAGCGCGGACCAGAUUCAGAGGAUCUCAGCCAAGCUCCGCCACUACGGGAAGAUCGAGGGCAAGAAUGUCUUCUACUGGUUUCAGAACCACAAGGCCCGUGAGCGCCAGAAGAAGCGCUUCACCGCCACCCAACACCAACACCCACUUCUCUACACCGCUAACCCACCUCUCAAUUUCCCUUCUUCUUCUUCUUCUUCUCCGUCUCCUGCGUUGCUCUCUCGACCAAAUUAUGGCUAUGGAGAAAACACCUUCCGGGAAUUUUCAAUCAACCCAAGCAGCAACAGUGCAAAUAUGGGGGGCGGCGGCGGCGGCGGCGGCGGCGGCGGGGGGCAUGGGCAUCAUCACCACAACUUGAAAUGGAUAGGUCAUGUUGAUUAUCCCUACUACUCCACUUCUUCGGCCUACCCUUUUCUCGAGAACCCAAAAGGAAAUUAUACGGCUGCCCUCCAAACCCUAGAAGAACAUGAUCAUGAUCAUGAUGAUGAAGAAGAAGAAGAACAUGAGGAGAGAGAAACCCUUCCCCUCUUCCCGAUGCACGGCGACAUCAUCAAGCACUCCCACUCCCACUCCCAGGAAAUUAAUUAUGAUUAUUAUAACAAUAAUUAUAAUUAUAUCAAUAAUAAUAAUUACUUGAUGAGUGCUGCAGCAGCAGGGUGGCACCACCAACAGCGCCGCCCGGAAGAUACCAUUGCCGCCGCUGCUGCCGCCUCAAGGACUACUUCGCUGGAGCUCACCCUCAACUCCUACGCCGCCAGAUUCCCCACCACCUCUUAA